AGAGGGUUUUGCACCCUACAGUCGAUUUCGAUCUAAACCUUGAACCACCACCAGAGGGAGAUGAAGAGUGUACGAUGGCGAACACAAAUACGAUUCUCGAGGUUGAAGCCUAUGAUCCAGAUAUGGAACCACCACAGAAUACAGAAGGAAAGUGUAAGAUGGCGAAGAAAUUUCCGAUUUUUGAGCUUAAAUCCGGACUCAGUGAUAUGUUGCGCCUAACUUCGAGAAAACAAAAAAAGCGUUUCAAGGAGUUGAAGAAGAAGCUGAUACAAUACAUUAAAGAAAACAACAUGCCUAUUGAAACCAGAGAACUGGAGAUAAUCGAAGAGCCACACUUGUUGUGUGAAAUCAUAAUACUUUUGAAAGAAUUGAUAAUUAUGGAUCUGUAGGUUUUCUCAUCUUAAUCGGCGUUCUCAAAUGAUAAGAAGAAGGAGUAAUACACUAUA